AUGAAGCGAUUUUUGCUGCUACUGGCAGCAAUGGCUGCUGUCUACUGCCAACAGUUCGGAGAUAACCCCAACACAGGUACACAGUACAACAGGGAUGACCCGUACAAUAGGGAUCAGAAUCCUUACAAUAGAGAUAAUAACUCUAAUAACAGGGAUAACCAAUACGGGAAUACCCCGUAUGGAAAUAAUAGAGAUCAGUAUGGGAACAACCAGUAUGGAAAUAAUAACAGCCAGAGAUACGAUAAUAAUAAUAAUAGGGAUAGAUAUAAUAAUAAUAAUAAUAAUUAUGACCCUAAUAAAAGAUAUAAUAAUGAUAAUCAAUACAACAGAGAUAAUAACACGUAUAACUUUAGUAGUGGUAACAACAACUACAAUCAGCAAUACGGGAAUAACAACCCACAGUACAAUAACCGACAAUUAGACAACAACAACAACAAUCGUCAAUAUGAUAAUAACAACCAAUAUAACAACAACAACAACAAUGAUAGAUACAACACAAACAACGACAGAUUUAAUACAAACAGCGAUAGGAACUUUGAAGAGCAAUAUGGUAAUAACAGGCAAUUUGGCAACAAUGAUAAUACUGAGUGUUGCGAGGAGUAUUGCUAUACUGAUGAUAGGGAGCCGUACAUAUUUUUCGCCAGCAAAACUUCCUAUGAAGCCCUGGAUAAGAGGUCUGGAUUCCAGCACAACAUCCCAGAUUGCACCCCUGUCCAAAUGUGGUCUUUAAAUAGACACGGGACACGACUUCCUGGCAGGAGGACGAUCGAAGCUUUACGUAAAUUGCAGCAAAUUCAGCAGGAAAUUGUCAAAAAUCACGAGGAGAGGAGAUCCUACCCCGACAAAGGCAGGUUGUGUCCCAAGGAUUAUGACUUACUCAAAAGGUGGAGAUGGAACGACACUAUCAGAGAAGAUCGAGCGAGUGAUUUGACUAGUGAGGGUGUCAACGAAUUAAAGAUGUUGGCUAGGAGGUAUAAGGCCAAGUUCCCACAAGUUUUACAAGAGCAAUAUAAUGAAAGGUCGUACUAUUUCCAAUACACAGACACCGACAGGACCCACGACAGUUACCAAGCUUACAUAGACGGCUUGUUCAAUCAAGAAUCGUACAGGGUACAUGGCACGUCUUUCCCAGACGAUAGACUUUUAAAAGCUUUCGACACGUGCAGAGCAUACAAGGAGCAGGUCAAAUACAACCCGAGAACUUACGAACAGCACCGAUUGUUCACCGAAAGACCAGAGUACCGAGAGUUGGUGAGCAACGUCUUCAAACGUCUAGGUUUCCGGUACACGUUGAACGCCAGCAUCGUAGACGACAUGUACGACAUGUGUCGAUUCGAGAAGGCUUGGAACGUGCUAAAACCGUCGCCAUGGUGCUCGGCGUUCAACAAGAACCAACUCAAGUUGCUGGAGUACGCUGAGGAUCUGAUUAGUUACUACGAGGCCGGUUACGGGAACGAGAUAAACCAGAAAGUUGGUUGUGGACCUCUCAAAGACAUGUACGAAAGGUUCCAGAAGACGGUUGAUGGUUAUGGGGAUGGUAACAAAGCCACCUUCCUAUUCACGCAUUCGGAUACCAUAGCGGCCACUUUAUCCGCCAUGGGUAUAGCUAAGGACCCACAGCCCUUAAGGGCUGAUAAUUAUUACCAGCAAACUAGAAGAAUGUGGAAGCAAUCUAAUAUUCUACCUUAUGCAUCCAACUUGGUAGCGGUUUUGUACCAGUGCAGAUCAAACAGUUACAAGGUGAUGUUCUACCUCAACGAGCAGCCCGUGGAGUUCCCAGAAUGCCAAGUGGGACUGUGCAACUGGGACGUAGUGAAGCAGAAAUAUCAGUACACCGUAGACAACUGCAACAUGGGCUUCUGCGAUUACAAUUCCGCCCCUAAACCAUCGAGUCCACUCCUGGCUUUCACCAUAUCAGCCAUAGUUUGCUUGCUAUUCAACAGAGCGUGGUAA